CACACGGCCGCCUCCAUCUCCCCGUGCGGCUCGCCUCAUUGUGCGCUCGCACACAGGUUCCGGUCAUCAAUUAGGGCGGAAUUAAGCCCUUCUAGUCGCACAGGUCGUCUUUGUCCGCUCCGUGGAGGACCGUCCCACCGUGGGGAGAAGGCGGCGCCAUGCCCUCGGUGAUGGAGCGUUCUGGAGCCGGGGUCCUAUCCAGGAGCAGAGCCAAGACCGUGACCAACGGCAACAGCCAGCCUCAUUCUGAGGAGGAGAGCAGUGAUGAGGAGCAUAAGAAUGACAGCAUGAUCAGAGUGGGAGGAGACUACCAGGCCCAGAUCCCUGAGUUCAAACCAGACAGUCCGACCCGUUACAACGAGAAAGACCAGAGGAGUAUGUUGGUCUGGUGUCCCAACAGCCAGAUUUCUGAUGCUAUGUUGGAUGAGUACAUCCUGAUGGCCAAAGAGAAACAUGGAUAUAACAUGGAGCAGGCCCUGGGCAUGCUGCUGUGGCACAAGCAUGAUGUAGAGCGCUCUCUUGCAGACCUGGCCAAUUUCACCCCCUUCCCCGAGGAGUGGACGGUGGAGGACAAAGUGCUGUUUGAACAGGCCUUCAGUUUCCACGGCAAGAGCUUCCACCGCAUCCAGCAGAUGCUACCAGACAAGCUGAUAUCCAGCUUGGUAAAGUACUACUACAGCUGGAAGAAGACACGGACCAGGACCUCUGUGAUGGACAGACAGGCCAGAAGACUGGUCAACAAGAGAGAGAAAGAGGACAGUAAUGAUGAGAUCGAGGAGGGAGAAGCCGGUAGUGACAGUGAUUUUGAAGUUGAUGCCAAAAAAGAGGUGGUGAAGCAGAACUCCAGCAGCACCAGCUCUGACAAGGGGCCCUCCAGCCGCUCCGGCCCCGUGAAAAAGGAGAACAUCGGGGCCCAGUACCGUCACCACCCCCUCAGAGCCCGACGCAGGCCCCCCAAAGGCAUGCACCUGGACCAGGGAGACAUCAUGGCCUUGUCGGCCUCUCAGGAUGCAGGAGUCCUGUCUGUUAGACAACUGGAUGCUCAUUUAGUGUCCCUCAAGAGACAGGUGCAAAGUAUUAAACAGAGCAACAGUAGUUUGAAACAUGGCAUAAAUGAGGGAAUCGACGCUUGUCGUCCUACAGAGCCUGCCCCCAAGAUGAACUCGCGUUGGACAACCGAGGAGCAGCUCUUGGCUGUGCAGGCCAUCCGUCGUUACGGUAAAGACUUUGUGGCCAUCGCUGAGGUGAUAGGGACCAAGACAACAGCUCAGGUGAGUUCGUUCUUCGUAAGCUACCGCCGUCGGUUCAACCUGGAUGAGGUUCUGAGGGAGUGGGCGGCCGAGCAGGUGGCAACCAACCGGGACCAGAGAGACCCCAGGAGGACCACAGAGGAGAUGGGAGGAGCAGCAGACGCCGGAGUGGAGGAGGACGAGGUCAAAACAGAGGACUCCCCCCUGGACCCCAGCGGGGGCGGCGGCACAUCUCCCCCCUCCAGCACACAAACCCCCCCCUCGCUCUCCCAGCCCCCGCCAUUGCUCCGUCCCGCACCUCCCUCCGCUCCCCCGAGCCUCCUGCGCCAGCCGCCGCCGCUCCAGACGCGCCCCCUGCAAAACCGCACCCCCCACAACCAUCCCCCGCCACCACUCAUCCGGCCUGCAGUGACGUCCUCCGGCCAGGGGGGGAGCUCCAACCUGAGGGCCUCUCUGGGAAACGGCAACGGUUCCUCCCCUCCCAACUGCUCAUCCUCCUCUACUAAUACUACUGCUGCUGCUGGGGGGCUGGUGCCCCCUUCACUGGUGGGGAUAAAAGUGGAACAGCCUAAUUCACACUGACACGCACGCUGAUAAUAAUACUGACAAACACAAAGCCAGAAAUACAGAUGUGCACUCUAACAUUAACUCGGAUAAAAAUAAGCAAGCACACACACACACACACGCACUUCUCUUUUUACCAGGUACUAUUUCUCGAUCCCUUUAAUUCCAUUUCUCACAGCCUUGUUUCUCGGGACAUUAGCCCUGCCCGUCACAUUUCUCACACGAUGGAUGUUGACUCAGAAUCUGUCAGGUGGUUCUAGCACGAUUUUAAAUGGGCUCAGUUCCAGAAAGCUCUGG